CCCCGGAAAUGGCGGUGCCGGGAGGGGGCUGCAAGUGCCGGGGGUGCUGAUCCGGCCGCCCGCCGCUGCGUCUCCCCCUCCCCCCUUCCCCGUCCCUCCCCGCCCAUGGGCGAGACAUGGACUACGAGUUCAAAUCCAAGCUGGCGGCCGAGCGCGAGCGGGUGGAGGAUCUGUUCGAGUACGAGGGCUGCAAAGUGGGCAGAGGCACCUACGGGCACGUCUACAAGGCCCGCCGCAAGGACGGAAAAGAUGAAAAGGAAUAUGCACUGAAGCAAAUUGAAGGUACAGGGAUAUCCAUGUCGGCCUGUAGAGAGAUUGCACUUUUACGAGAGCUGAAGCACCCUAAUGUGAUUGCGUUACAGAAGGUUUUCCUUUCUCACAGCGACAGAAAGGUUUGGCUGCUGUUUGACUAUGCUGAACAUGAUCUGUGGCAUAUUAUCAAAUUUCACCGUGCCUCAAAAGCAAAUAAAAAGCCCAUGCAGUUGCCAAGAUCUAUGGUUAAAUCACUGCUUUACCAGAUCCUUGAUGGAAUCCAUUACCUCCAUGCAAACUGGGUGCUUCAUAGAGAUCUGAAACCAGCAAACAUUCUGGUAAUGGGUGAAGGUCCAGAAAGAGGAAGAGUCAAAAUAGCUGAUAUGGGUUUUGCCAGAUUGUUCAACUCACCUUUGAAGCCAUUGGCAGACUUGGAUCCAGUUGUGGUGACAUUCUGGUACAGAGCUCCAGAGCUGUUACUUGGAGCCAGGCAUUACACAAAGGCCAUUGAUAUUUGGGCAAUUGGCUGUAUAUUUGCUGAACUAUUGACUUCAGAACCUAUAUUUCACUGUCGUCAAGAGGACAUCAAAACAAGUAAUCCUUUUCAUCAUGAUCAGCUAGAUCGCAUUUUCAGUGUAAUGGGAUUCCCUGCAGAUAAAGAUUGGGAAGACAUAAGAAAGAUGCCGGAAUAUCCGACUCUUCAAAAAGAUUUUAGAAGAACAACAUAUGCCAACAGUAGCCUCAUAAAAUACAUGGAGAAACACAAAGUCAAGCCUGACAGCAAAGUUUUUCUUUUGCUUCAGAAACUUCUUACUAUGGACCCUACAAAGAGAAUUACCUCAGAGCAGGCUUUGCAGGACCCCUACUUUCAAGAGGAUCCUCUGCCUACAUCAGAUGUAUUUGCUGGCUGCCAGAUUCCAUAUCCUAAACGAGAAUUCCUCAAUGAAGAUGAACCUGAAGAGAAAGGGGAUAAGAACCAGCAGCAGCAGAAUCAGCAUCAGCCGCAAGCAGCCCCGCAGCAGCAGGCGCAGGCAGCGCCGCAGCAGCCGCAACCGCAGCAGCAGAACAGUACCCAGACCAACGGCACGGCCGGCGGCACCGGCACAGGAGGAGGGGGCGCCGGCGCAGGACUCCAGCACAGCCAGGACUCCAGCCUCAACCAGGUGCCUCCAACCAAGAAACCACGCAUAGGGCCUUCAGGUGCUAACUCGGGCGGGCCUGUCAUGCCUUCAGAUUAUCAGCACUCUAGCUCACGCCUGAGUUACCAAAGCAACAUUCAGGGAUCUUCUCAGUCCCAGAGUACAAUGGGCUAUUCCACAUCAUCUCAGCAGAGCUCUCAGUACCAUCAAUCUCAUCAGUCUCACAGGUACUGAGAGGCCUGACAGACUGCACUCAGAAAGGAAUGGACUAAAAGCCAGAAGACUCCAGCAAUAUGAAGUUCAUAACGACGAGAAGAACCAAAAAUACAAGCUAUGAUGCAGAAUUAAAAUUCAUCAUUACAAAUGGAAAACUUUCCUUACUGAAGACUUUUUUCCUUCCCCUCCCUGCGCCCCCAUCCACCCAACUCUGUCCCUUUAUUGCCAUAAAGGAGAUUCUCGUGAAGUUUUCCUUCCUCCCUGCCCUUGCAUGUGUUUCAUUGUGGUUACUCUAAUGAACCUUUCUGAUCUGAACCCAGCACUUAACUUCUUUAACCUUUGGAAUUUUGAAGGAUUCCUGGUGCACCUUCCUUAAGCUGUAGUGAUUGCCAUAAAUCUAUCUUUUCAAAUCUCUUUGAUGGGAUUUUAAAGUUUUAAAAUCUUGAACUCCCAGGCUUUCAAGCUUGUAUAUAGUUAGUUUUAUACUAGGCAAACCAGUUUAGCUAUAAAGGUAUAUUGCACCUUUUUAAAGCACUAUGUUAUUUUCACAGGAUAUUACUGUUUUGCUCAUGGAUGUCAAGAACAGCAAAUUUUACUGUUCCAGAGUAUUUUACUAUUCUGUUUUUAUUGGUCUAGUUUUCAGGCGAGGUCUUAAAAAUAAAGAAAAGAAAAACAGAAGAGAAAAAAAAGAAAAAAGAAAAAAAGAAAAAAAAAAAGCAACCCAAGUCUCUGCAGCGACAAAUACGCUUCAUGCUACUGGACUGAACACCAAACAAAAGAUUGCUGAUAUUUCUUAACUCAUUCACAUUGAAUUCUUGAAAUCACAGUGAUCAUGCUCUGACUAGUUUUAACUUAAGUGUUAUUUUAAAUGAAACCAUGACAGUCACAUCAAAAGGAGAUGCUUUCAGGAUCCGUUGGAACAGAAGAAUGGAAUGUCUUCCCAGGCUGGACACCAGAAUAGUCAGGAAAAUGUAUUUACUGCCCUGAAGUCUCAGUGGGAGUGUGGAUGAUAGGCUUGUUUUUCUGCUAAACAGCUGAUUAAUGUGUAUGAGAGUUCUAUAGCUUCUCUUUCACAUCCCUGAGUCAGUUUCCUAAAUAUAAAGGUGAUAGAAAUACUAAGAUUUACAAAAGCAAAUAUACUUAAUCAUUUUAUGUUAGGAUGAAUAAUUAAGAAAAAUUAUUGUGCAGUUUGAAAGGCAUGUUGAAAAUUUGUUCCUUUUUCAUGUUUAUAAUGCGUAUUCUAUUUCCCUCACAUUGCUGUGAUUAACCCAUAUUAGUUACACCAGAUGCGCUUGAUUGCACUGAAAUGUUUCUUUUUCCCUAGAGCAAACAUGUUUUGAUUGUGCCUAAAGACUGUAAGUGGAUGGGUAGCUGGCAGAAAAUCCCCAGUAAAUAAGCAGAGUUCAUAAGCAUAAUCAGAGGAUCAUUGUCCAACUCCUACAACCACAGUUAUUCAGAGAGACACAACAUAUAAUUUGGCACAGCUUCAUUUUUUUCUUCAGCCUUUAGAAAUAAGGCUGAUUCUUGUUGGAGAAAACCUGGAAAAAAACCUUAAUGCAUUUAGAAAGCUAUUAGCCGUGUAGCAUCAGCAGGCUUCUAAAAUUGCUUGUCCAGAGAAAAGGUGAAGUGAGAAAGAAGGGUUUAUUUGUCAACAGUAAAUGUGCCAGGCAUUUACACUGCCAAGUGUUCUCUUCUGCCCGGUGGCCAUGCAAGAAAUUGUAUAUAGCAGUACACAUUCACACUGAAAUUAUGAUCAGACCUAGCAAGAUUAGCAAAUCUGUUUGCUCUGAGGAGAAUGCUUUUUAUCACAGCUAGACAAGAGAAAUAAAUGUAUUUCUACUGGGUUUGAUCUCCCAGACACCUUUAGUGCCCCCACCCCCCUCAAAAAUGUGUUGUUUUCAUGGCUUUUGUGAGCAGUUGGUUUGGUUUGGCCAUGUUCACCAUCAUGUGGUUUUGACAAGACCCAGCUUCUCUGGCGAAGUGGCUAAAACAUGCUUUUGUCGUCAAGUGGGUGAGAAGAUGGUGAAAAUGAAAAGAAGCAAUUUGAGGGGAAAAAAGUCGCAAAUUAUUUCUGGGGCAAAAUAAUCUCCCAAAGGAUACUUUUUAUGUAUAGUCCUCGAAAUGCUACAUAUUAUAGGUACCCUGGUAGCCUGUUUGAAGGAACAGAUUUUAAUUGUUUAUUUUAUUUCAGUGAAUCUGGGGUUACAUUCUUUCCAUAGGUGGAAUUUCCCACCUCUCACUAAUGUUAGGACAAAGCACCUUUCAGCUAACAGAGACUUGGCCAAUGUGAUAAAAUACCUUUUUUUGAUAUUCUUGUGAUUUGACUUUUGCUUUUCCAGAAAUUAACCUUUGGCAGAGUGAUUUUUUUUCCCUCCUUUUCACCCUUCUGUUCUCUCAAAAUCCUCUCAUCUUUUCCUUUGUAAUUAUCUAACAUUUGCCCUCCCCGUACGGGAGCCUGUAGCUGAUCAUCAAAAUUCAGAAAAUGGCAAGAGGUGGUGGGGAGACAAGUUACUGUAUGGUCAAGCUGGGCUCUUGUGCCAAUAAGGCAAAACCGUGGUGUACAGUAAUCUGUGUAUACAGUGUGAAAUUUCACAGCCUUGUAAGGUGCUUUAAUUCAGUGAGCUUCCAGCUUCUAGAGCGACUGCCAGGACCUUUGUCUAAACUGAAGUGAUAUUUCUGCGUUGGUGAGACCCCAUAGAUGUCCCACGCUCCAGUCCUCUCUAGUUUGUGCGCACAUGCAAAGCUGAGCUGACUUCUCCGUUGCCUUCAAGCAUGAAGGAAAGUAGAUAAAAGCAAAAGUGACUGCGGUAAAACGUACACUGUGCACACUCUUCUAGUUGCUUUGUGUCUUCUGGUUGUGAAAUAAUUUGCCUUUUCUUGGAAGCUUUGUGUGUGUUUUCAGGGCAGAUGGCAGUCCUAGUGAAAGAAGCUUUGCUUUUCAGGGGUCACUUCACGAUGUAAAAAUGCUCUGUUCCAAGUGAAUCGUGUAGCGUGUCAUGGGAAGCCAGGACCACAUCAUUUUUAUAUUAAUUUUUUUGCCUGUGCAGUUUUGUUAGUGUUCAUAGCUUUGUCUUUGCCCUUGAUACCCUCACCAAAGUGUUUCACGCUGGUACCGAAAGAGGCAAGCGCCACCGCCGGGGUUGUUUUCUCCUUCCCUUUGGCGCGGUGGAAGAAUGGGCCGGGAAAUACAACUUUUCUUACUUAGCUGGGGGGAGAGAGAUGAGCGGGGGAUGGGAUUAGCAGCCUAGUCCGCAUUGGUGAAGUUUAUGUAGCACAAACUGCACAAUGAAGGAAAACUCUAGGGGAAGCUGCGAGUCCUGCACUGUAUCUGUGACACUGUAUCUGGGGGAGGGGGGGAAGCGCAUUCGUAGAGGGAGGGUUGGAGGGAUGCUAGAAGGGUUCAAGUAUGUAUAAUAUUUUAUAUAAACAUAAUAAGCUUAGUUCCCCUUCAUAAUCUUCAGGAAUGGUACUUUAACACCAUUAAGCAAAGAACUGUUUUAGGAUUAAAUAAAUGUAUUGUACAUAAGGCCAUACGUAAUCUUCUAAAAAUGUCGCUGGACAGGAGCGAUGUGUAUUACUAUAUGAAAAAAAGUCCUUAAUGCACUGUUAUCUCCUAAAUAUUUAGUAGUAAAUUAAUACUAUUUAAUUUUUUUAAAAAUUUGUCUUGUGUAGACACUAAAAAGUAUUACACAAAAUGUGGACAGAACGUGUCCUUUUUAACAGCAAUUUAAAUAACUUUUUAUAUAUGUAAGGUAGUAUACUUUUCAAAUUGUUCUAGUUGUAUUUUCCCAUGUUUGCUAUUUGUGGAAGUGUGCCUGUCUCUAUUCAGUUAUUUUUUUUCUAAUAAUUUCAUGCACGCAUCUUUCAUUUUGUAGUUUUCAUUAGAAAUUGUUGUGUAUGCGCCUCAUGCUGCCACAAAACUUUGCCGCUUUAGAUCUGUGGUGGCCACAUUCAGCAAUGCCCAUGCCGAUGGGGUAGCAAGACCACAAAACAAAAUAUUUGUUUCUCAUUCUAGAGUUAAGAGUUUACUGCUUUUAAGUUGUCCUGAUGUCACUCUUGAAAUGACUGUUAGAACUAAACUAUGAGUUCGUUGCAUUUAUUUUAUAUUCUUGGUUGUAAUGAAAUGGAAUUGACUUUGCUUCAGUGUGAAUUUUUUUAAUAAAAUAAUAUACAUUUGUAAUAAUAAUAAAAAGUUCAAAUCAAAUAA